AUGCCACCAAAGCCCAGGGUAGUGGAGACCCAGGAACUUCCCAAGGAUCCUCUCCAAACAGAUCAGAUAGUCAUUACUGCAUUUCCCUACAAGCCUCCUAACACCCUACUGAACUUCCUGAAGGGGGAGCCAAAGAUGAUGGGGGUCUUCCAGAUUUUAUUGGGCCUCAUUAUCACCGCCAUGGGCUACAUUUUAUGGCACAGUGUCAGCAGACUGCACCUCCAAAAGAACCAUCCUGUUAUCUUUGUCACAGGGUACCCAUUCUGGGCAGGAGCAUGCUAUAUUAUUACAGGAUACUUCACAAUUCUUAAUGAAGUAAAACAUCCUCGCUGGAUGCGCUUCAGUCUAUACUUGGGCGUGGUGAGCACCCUAGUGGCUGCAGCAGGGAUUGCUAUCAUUCUUUACAGCUUCCAUGAAGACAAUUAUUUCCAUUGCCGGAUUCCUAUGAAGUCUGGCAUAUGCGCUAUUGGGAGGACACUCUUUCUAGGAGUGCUGGCUCUGACUCUUGUCCUCACUAUUGCUGAAUUGUGCAUCACUGUAACAGUCUUAGCCUUUAAAACCAACGUGAUAUGGAGAAAUGCCAAAGAGGUUGUGUUUUUCUUACCUUCUGAAGGCAAGGAACCUGGAAGUCGUGAAGAGGAAAGACAGUUCCAGUUCCAGAUUCAGGCAAAUCCUGCUGGUCAAAAUGAGAAGGAGCUCUCUGUCUCCUUAAUCGGGGACUAUACUUUUUAA